UAAUAAGUUUGAAUCGGCGUUGGAGCUGCACGCGAGUGAUUUUAAAAAAAUUGUUAAAUUUAUUGUUAUCCGCGAGUCAAGUAUGGGCAAAAAGAGAAAAGCAGGAGGCGCGCAGGACGAAGAUGCCGAGGAGUAUGACCUUCCGGCGAAGCACAUGAAUUCCAGCCACAUUCGUUCCAACGAACGAAGGCUCAUCGUCAUCCUGGAAGGAGCCCAGCUCGAGUCUGUGAAGGUUGGACCAGUGUUCGAACUUCUCAACUGUGAUGAUCAUCUUAACUUGCUGAAAAAGUUUAACCGCGAUCCGGGCAGUUGCCGGCCAGACAUCACCCACCAGUCCUUGCUUAUGUUGAUGGACUCGCCCCUAAAUCGAGCUGGACUGCUGCAGGUGUACCUGAAAACGGAAAAGAACGUUCUGAUCGAGAUCAACCCACAGACGAGAAUACCCCGGACGUUCAGGCGGUUCGCAGGGCUGAUGGUUCAGCUGCUGCACAAGUUUAGCAUAAAAGCUAGCGAUUCGCCGCAGAAAUUGAUGCGCGUCAUCAAGAACCCGAUUUCGAACCACUUGCCGGUAGGAUGUCGCAAGUUUGCCAUGUCCUUCAGCGCCAGUAAGGUUGAGCAUCCGCGCGAGCUGGUGCCCAAGCAGGACGAACCGGUGGCCCUGGUGGUGGGGGCGUUUGCGCACGGAAGUUUGAACGUGGACUACACCGAGGGAACCUUUUCGAUCAGCAACUACCCGCUGUCGGCGGCUUUGGCCUGCAGCAAACUUUGCUCAGCGUUUGAGGAAGCGUGGGGAAUCAUCUAAGGAUCCCAGGAGUGUCUUGUGAUAGUGCCAUUGAGC